GUGUUGUUUUUAGUCCCUUGUGUCCAUAUUGUGGGCUGAAGAGGGAAACUCUCGUUUUGGGGCAUAGCUGAAAACUUCGCUGAUAUACCUUCGCUUCGCCCUGCUUGAGAUGGGGCCUGCGCGGGGUUUUAUCACUGAGUGAUGAGGAGCAGGUAUAAAUUUGUCAGGUGGAGGGAUGUAACCUCAGUAAUUUGAAAGAUUUUGAGAGCUCUCUUUUGAUUUUGUUUCAGGUGGAAUUACAAGCCUAGUUGCAGGUACGAGUCAGCCAUUAUUAUUAGUUUUCCAGAGGAACAGAUGUCUGGGUGUCAUGGUGAAGAGGGUGGCGUACAUCAGCCCUCCAUAGUGGUGAUAAGUGCCCGGCUCCUCACAGCCGGUCAGCCUGGGGCUUGGGAGGCACGUGUAGCUGGCAAAAGGUGCGGGUUUGGUUUCCAAAAUGAUACUGGGCCUUGUAAUAGCCAGCAUGGCCAUUGGAUAAUCUCAAAUCCAGAGGCCGGGGAAAAGGUCAACGCUGGUUUUAAGGCCGUUGUUGCUUGUAUGCUCAGCCCGACACCAUCUUGGGGUGGUGUUGAGGAGCUGUUGCUGUUUUCUGUGGGUGAUGGACGGCUGAAGCUCCUGCAAUCCGUUCCCUCACCUCUCUGAGGUAUGUGGCAUGUGUCGCGGAGCUCCUGGCCACAUGAAGGUUUUGGUAUGCAGCUCAUGGGAUCAGGAGUGCUGGCCGAUCAUGGCGUGCACUCAGGUGCUAUUUGUGUAUCAUGUACAUCAACAUGAUUCUGCACUCGGCUGGAGCCUUUUCCUGGGCAGCGUUUCUACAGAAGACCCUUAUUCUGGAGAGAAUUGCUAUUCUUCCAAAUUUAGGGCUUGCACAAGGUUUUUGCUUCUUUUUCUUUCCCUCCUAGAAGGAAUGUCUUUCUCUUUUAACUAUUACAGUUGUGAGGAAGAUGUGUUUUGGGUCAACAUACAUGUUUCUGCUGCUUCAUGUCACCUUUGAGGUGUGAGGAACUGGGCUGGAAGCAACGCGGAGCUGCUCCUUCAUGUGCGUCUUGUGGUGUUGCUUCUUAGAUUAUAGAACUUGGCUGAUUAUGCUUUAGAAGAACAGUUUGAGUUCAAGCACAAGAGCUUCCCUAGAGAAAGAUAAAGCACCUGAAUGUCUGCAGCUUACAUUCCAGAAAAAUCUGGAGAUCUUUGAAGUGUUUCUUCCAAAGAAUGAGAGAGGCUGCUAUGCGCACUGGAUUGCUCUGGUUUAUUCAUAUCCUGUGACAGUGAAUCAGAUAUUGCUGUCUAUAUACAGACUGAAUUGCCAGCCAACUUCGGGCCCAAAUAUGAAGUUCCAGCUCUGGCCUUGAACGUCACCUGCUGCAAACUGACCCUUUCUCACUGCUCAGGCUCUCUUCACCUCCCUACGAAUGCCUUCCAGAAAGUGCUCUUGGCUGUCCAGCUGCGCCUCAGUUUGCCAGUAGGAGUAGGGUGGAAAUGACCUAGAGGCCUUACAAAUACAUUUGUGCAUUUUUGUUCUGAGUCUACAAUUGAGGGCAAAUGCAGUCUGGAAGCACCACUUCUUAAUGUUACAACGGAAACAACUACCUCAACAAACAAGGAAAGGGGAAGAAGGCUUGCAAUAAUAAACACUCUAAUUUUUAGUAGCUUAUACUUGCAAGGUCUUCUGUAAACAGAGUCCAGAUUUUUUUUCCCUCCAGUAUUAAGAAGAGACACUACAAGUAAACUGAUUUGGCAGACUGGAUCUGUCAAGACAUUUGAAGAUAUUUGAUCUGCUGACAUUUGCUUUUUUAAGGAAGAAGCCUCUGCACUGCUUUUAUAAUCGCUGUUGAUCGGUGGUUUGCUCCACUUUUCCUGAUAUUACUAAUUGGAAAAAUGUAUUAAAGCAUUGCUUCUCGAAAUAUUAUUUGCGUUGACAAAAAUAACUUUUAUAAACUUAACAGCAAGUGACAAUAAUAUACUCAUGAAGAAACUGUAGGCGAUAACUUCUCUGCUCCAGUGUUGCUUUUCUGUGUGUGGAGUGGAAUACCGAACGAGACAGAGCAUUAUUAAGAUACUUCGGCUUGCUUUCUGAGUACAGUUUAUAACUGCAGCAGGGCUGCACUGAACACUGAAAAUACUAAGUCAGCAAAUCUGCUGCCUUUCUCACUGCUGAUACAGACUAUACAGACACUUGCCUUUUUGAAAUGCCUUUUGUGAAACUGAUGUACACAGUCCUCCACUGUUACUGUACAUAACUAUAUAUUUGGGGAAGGAGUUUGACAAGUGAUUGUUAAUUCAAGAGAUCUUCGGACAAGCACUCACUUAUGUAUUGCUGUAGUGCACAAGAAAGCAAAAUGGACUAUAAGCGGCGCUUUUUGCUUGGCGGGUCCAAGCAAAAAGUGCAGCAACACCAGCAGUAUCAAAUGCCUGAGCUAGGCAGGACCCUGAGCGCACCGCUGGCAUCUACAACCCCAGCAUCCCCUUUGGUCUCCUCAGCUGCUGCGGGCAGCUGCAACCACCCUGUAUCCCAUACUACUCCGAUUGCGGACAUCCAGCAGGGAAUCUCCAAAUAUCUGGAUGCACUCAACGUGUUUUGCCGUACGAGCACUUUCCUUACAGACCUUUUCAGCAGUGUAUUUAGGAACUCUCACUAUUCUAAGGCAGCUAUGCAACUGAAAGACGUGCAGGAACAUGUCAUGGAAGCAGCGAGUCGACUCACAGCAGCAAUAAAACCAGAAAUAGCAAAAAUGCUGAUGGAACUGAGUGCAGGCGCUGCAAACUUUAAAGAUCAAAAAGAAUUCAGCCUACAAGACAUUGAGGUGCUUGGACGAUGUUUCUUGACAGUGAUGCAGGUCCACUUUCAGUUCCUGUCACAAGCUUUGCAGAAGGUCCAGCCGGUGGCACACUCUUGCUUUGCUGAAACUGUAGGCCAGGAAAGAAAGAGCGUUAGUGGGGCCGGAGCCUCAAAUUUAAGCCCCACAAAUGAGCUGGAAGAUGCAAUAAGAUCAUGGAGAGGAGCAGCAGAGGCGACAUCUCGAUUGCGAGAAAGAGGCUGUGAUGGAUGUUUGGCAGGAAUUGAAGUUCAACAACUUUUCUGCUCACAGAGUGUGGCAAUCCCUGAACAUCAGCUCAAAGAGCUAAACAUGAAAAUUGAUAGUGCUUUGCAGGCUUACAAAGUGGCUUUGGAGAGCCUAGGCCAUUGUGAAUAUGCAAUGAAAGCUGGCUUCCACUUGAACCCAAAAGCUAUUGAAGCAAGUCUUCAGGGCUGUUGCAGUGAAGCUGAAGCCCAGCAAACAGGAAGGAGACAGACUCCACCGCAGCCAAUUCAGUGUGAACUGCCCACUGUACCUGUUCAGAUAGGAUCACAUUUUCUGAAAGGAAUUUCCUUUAAUGAGUCUGCAGCAGAAAACCUGAAACUGAAAACGCACACAAUGCUGCAGUUAAUUAAAGAAGCUGGAUGCCAUAAUGGACUUACACCACGAGAUGACUCUCCUGUUACUGAAGUACUAAAUCAGGUUUGUCCUUCGACUUGGCGAGGAGCCUGCAAAACUGCUGUACAAUUGUUAUUUGGCCAAGCUGGACUGGUGGUUGUGGACACAGCACAGAUUGAAAAUAAAGAAGCCUAUGCUCCUCAGAUAAGUUUAGAAGGAUCGAGAAUUGUGGUGCAAGUUCCAUCAACUUGGUGUUUAAAGGAAGAUCCAGCAACAAUGUCUUUGCUACAGAGGAGUCUGGAUCCAGAGAAGACUUUGGGUCUUGUAGAUGUGCUCUAUACUGCUGUGUUUGACAUACACAGGUGGAAGGAGGGAAGGGAGCAAGCUUUGCCUUGUAUUCAGAUCCAGUUACAGCGUGAAAUCUCAGAUUUCGGGAAUCAAGUUGACAUGCCAUCUGGAAAUGGAAGCAAAUCUUCAGGUGGUCUACAGAAGACGUUCUCAAAACUGACUUCACGGUUUACAAAAAAAACUUCCUGCACCAGUACAAGUAACAGUGGAAGUUAUUCAAUUCCUAAUACACCUUCUAAAAAUAUCUUCAUAAGUUCCAACUCAGAGGAGAAGACUAAAAUGCCCACUAACAUAGAUGCGCGGUUACAAAGCAUUUUGAACAUUGGUAACUUUCCUAGGACCACAGAUUCAUUGCAGUCAAUUCAGAGCACAAAUAAUCAAAUAGUGAAUGGGUUUCUAGUUGAAAGACGGGACAACUUCUUCAAACCAGAUGAAGGAAAGGAUGACAAAGGUAUGAAUUUACCAACUGACCAAGAAAUGCAGGAUGUUAUAGAUUUUUUGUCUGGUUUUAACAUGGGCAAAUCCCAGCAAGCUUCUCCGAUGGUGAAAAGAAGGAACUCUGUUGCAUCCUCUACAGGAACAGAACAAAAAUCAGGAACAGUACAACAGCAGCCGCAGUCUCUCUCUCACACACCACUGCAUCCUUCUCAGCAAGGCUUGUCACAGCAACAGCAGUCACAAAAGCAGCAGCAGCAAAUGCAGUAUUACCAACACUUGCUUCAACCUAUCGGACCACAGCAACGUGCACCUACCAAAUGGCUGACUAAUUCUUCACAGCAGCCAGCCCAAGCUGUUGGAGCUGGAUUGUCUCAUAUGAACCAAUGGAACAAUCCUGGUUUUUCAGAUUUAAGCUCUGAUUUAUACAGUUUGGGUCUUGUGAGCAGCUAUAUGGACAAUAUGAUGUCAGAGAUGUUAGGACAGAAACCACAAGGACCUAGAAACAAUACGUGGCCAAAUCGUGACCAAACUGAUGGAGUGUUUGGGAUGCUGGGAGAAAUUCUGCCUUUUGACCCUGCAGUUGGGUCUGAUCCAGAAUUUGCCCGCUAUGUUGCUGGGGUCAACCAGGCUAUGCAACAAAAAAGGCAAGCACAGCAUGUUCGUCGUCCAAGCAACACACGUAGCAACUGGCCUCUUCCUGAUGAUCCUCACAAAACCUGGCCCUUUCCUGAGUAUUUCACAGAAAGUGAUGUGACUAACAGCUGGUCUGGUACUCAAGGAGACUCGGCCAGCUCAAGUGAUGAGACCUCUUCCGCCAAUGGAGACAGCUUGUUCUCCAUGUUCUCAGGGCCAGACCUUGUUGCUGCUGUAAAGCAGAGAAGAAAACACAGUAGUGGCGAGCAGGAACCUAGUACGCUACCAUCACCACCUCUUCUUUCUGCAGCAGAUGACCGUAAUCAGGAUAAUAAAACCAAAACCUGGCCUCCAAAGGCACCCUGGCAGCAUGCGUCCUCUGUCACGAAUACACUACCCAGUCAGAGUGCGUCUUUGUAUCCCAUGAGCAGCCCAGUCAGCCAGUGGAGCGACACGAUGCAGAUCCUCCAGUCACCUGUGUGGGCAGCAGCCAACGACUGCGCCCCAGCUACAGGAAUUUCCUCUAGCUUUGCCUAUGCGCAGCAACAGCAAUCGCAGCAACAGGCUUCCCAGCACAAACAGAUGAAUAAGGGCUUUAAAUCUUUUCCAGUAAAGCACGAACGCAGACCAUCUUACCUGCAUCAGUACUAAUUGCUUUUCAUAUUGGAAAAUGCAGCACAGGGCCAAACAGUCAUAAACUACAUAUCCUUUGUUUCACAACUGUGUAUUGGCUAGAUCCUGUUUAUCUCAUUAAAUAUGGAAUUGAGGGGGCUUGGGGGCUGGGGUUGGGGGGAGGAUCUACAAACUCUUGAAUCUUAUUUGCAGUGCUGAGCAAUAUGGCCAAUAUGUUUGUUUGAUGUACAUGGAACAGCCCAGAACUGUGAUUUAGAAAUGCUUUUAAAAAUGUGUAUAUUGCCUUUACUUUCAAAAGCUUUUUUUAAAAAACUGCUGAUGGACUACCAUACAAGAAACACUGUAUUUUAUAGCUAUUUUUCAUAUAGAUUUAUAGUUAAACAUCUUACUGAAACACAUUGAAUAUAUUGAAGCAAAUAUAUAGUGGUCACUUUGCUCAACACUGUGUUUAAAUUUAUAAUGGACAAGCUGUAAAGCCUUUGUAUUCUCCAUAAAUGGCCAUUGGGCAACUUUUUUUUUAAAUGAAGUAUAACAGCAGCUUUUCACGUGCCACACAAGUGAGUUCAUUAUGAAACUGUUGCAGAAACAGUUGCGAAAUUGAGUUUUGUGGUAGUUUCCUUACUCUAAGUAUAGAUCAACCGAACCACUCAAAUUUGUGUCACAAAUAUAAUCUGAGCUGCUUAAAGUAGAUGGCAUCUGUGUGGAUAAUGUGACACUGGUUUUCAAAUAAAUAGAUAACUUGUUACUGUUUCAUUUGGCCAAAGGCUUUAUCCACACAGUGCUCCUUACAUGUGUGAAACUAUAGCCUAAAAGACUACUUGCAUAUAUUUAAAGUCUUAUUUCAGAUGCUACAAUUAAUUAAAAAAUAAUAAUUAAAAAAAUAAAAAAUUGUGAGCUGGCUCAGAAGAUACUAGAACUGAAAUGUGGGGUAGCAGUUAGCUUAAAAAAAACAUUAUUUUUUUUAAAACGAUAAAGUAAUUAUUUGCAGUCAAUAUGUGCCAUUAAGUGAACCUGUGGAAUUGGGAAUAAUCUUCCAACCAAAGUGGAUCUGGGAGUGACUGGUGCUUAAAAAGUGAAGAACAAUGGUAAAUAUAUGUAUAGCUAUCCCACUGUAUAUUAACUGAGAUUACAGAAGAUUCUUUAUAUAGUUAGAGCUUAUUUAAAUUUUCAUAUUUCAUCUUUGAAAGAGUCUAAAAACCACAAUAUUUUCUGGUAUAAGAGUUUUGACAGUAUUAAUCUUAUUUUUGUAUUUUUCUUAAGUCAUAUCAUUCUAAUAUGUUAACUACUAGUAAAAUGGGUUAUUAGUUCUAACUACAUAAUUUUUCAAUGAAGAGAAAGCACAUUUGUUUUUGUUUUUACAAACUAAGUACAUCUAUAUCUAAAGAUACCAAAAAAUAAAUACAUUAUAUAUAUAAAUAGGUAUACACAACACUAAAAUUAUUAAACAUGUGGGUAUUUAAGACCCAUCCACCUUUUUGUUUGUAUGGUGACGGGCUAUAUUUGCAGGCCCAGAUUGUUACCUUUUUGUGCUGUUUGAGGAUGCCAAUGUUGCCUGUAUUUAUGAUAUUGUCACCAUGUUUUCUGAAACUUCAUACUUACCAUGUUUACAAAGAUUUGUUUGCUGUACAUAGACUUUUUACAGUAAUGUGCUUUGCACAAUCAGUGUGGCUUGUCUGUAAAUUGUUAAUGGUCUGUACUACUAUAAUUUUGAAAACCUUCUGCUGAAAAUGUUAGUGGUUAUUUAACUUGAUGAAUGGUUUUGAGUUUACUAAAUCUUGUCAUUUAGAUCUGAUAUUAAAUCCUAAAUUUGGUUG